AACUUCACCAAUCAUAUCGACGGCCUCAGUGUGUCGGUGACGUUGAUUGUCGGCGCACUCCAGUGACGCUAGCCUCGCCAUUAUCACGACGGUCCAUGAAUGUUCAUCGACCCUCGGCCACAUUUAGGUCUCCUUCCUCCCCUGAAGGCAGACCUCAGAGUCUCUCUCUCUCUCUCUCUCUCUUCUAAUUUAUUAUUUUCUCUUCUUUGCCCCCAUUUCUAAGCAAUCAAGCUUCAUUUGAAACGAUUCAGGUAGGGCUAUUGCUGGAAUCAUGGCCAGGGUUUUAGUUCAGUACACUAAUAUCCCUUCCUCAAUUACUGGUCAAAGAGAUGGUCGUGUUCAAGGAUCUGAGAAAACCAAAAGCACCAUCAAAAUGAUCUGCAGUUCACAAACACCUCGAAUAAGGAUAAGGGGUUUCUCAGGAUUGCGUACUUCCCAUGCCUUGGACACCAUUUUAAGACCUAGGCAAGAUUUUUUUUCCAAGGUAGCAGCUGCAAUCUCUGCCCGAGAAGCAAAAGGUAAGGCCUCCCGAGGUGUACCUGUUGCUAUGUUUGAGCGGUUUACAGAAAAAGCAAUCAAGGUUAUCAUGCUUGCACAAGAGGAAGCGAGACGGCUUGGGCACAAUUUUGUUGGCACAGAGCAAAUCCUGUUGGGUCUAAUAGGCGAGGGCACUGGCAUUGCAGCCAAGGUGCUUAAAUCUAUGGGAGUUAAUCUUAAGGAUGCACGUGUAGAAGUGGAGAAAAUAAUCGGGAGGGGCAGUGGAUUUGUUGCCGUGGAGAUUCCAUUUACUCCUCGUGCUAAAAGGGUUUUGGAACUCUCUUUGGAGGAAGCUCGACAACUUGGCCAUAACUAUAUUGGAUCUGAGCAUUUGCUUCUGGGAUUGCUUCGCGAGGGGGAAGGCGUAGCUGCUCGUGUUCUUGAAAAUUUAGGUGUUGAUCUAAGUAACAUCCGGACCCAGGUUAUCCGAAUGGUGGGUGAGAGUGCAGAGGCUGUUGGUGCAAAUGUUGGCGCAGGGGGAGCCAGUAGCAAUAAGAUGCCAACUUUGGAGGAGUAUGGGACUAAUUUGACCAAGCUGGCAGAGGAGGGUAAGUUGGAUCCUGUUGUUGGAAGGCGGGAGCAAAUAGAACGUGUCACCCAAAUUUUGGGUCGGCGAACAAAAAAUAACCCCUGCCUCAUAGGAGAACCUGGUGUGGGUAAAACGGCAAUUGCAGAGGGACUUGCUCAACGAAUAGCAACUGGUGAUGUUCCAGAAACAAUUGAAGGGAAGAAGGUAAUAACCCUAGAUAUGGGUCUUCUUGUUGCUGGCACAAAAUAUCGUGGAGAGUUUGAAGAAAGAUUAAAGAAACUAAUGGAGGAAAUCAAACAGAGUGAUGAGAUAAUUCUUUUUAUUGAUGAGGUGCACACUUUAAUUGGAGCUGGAGCAGCAGAAGGGGCAAUUGAUGCUGCAAACAUCUUAAAACCGGCUCUGGCAAGAGGUGAACUUCAGUGUAUUGGUGCCACAACACUUGAUGAAUAUAGAAAGCAUAUUGAGAAAGACCCAGCUUUGGAAAGACGAUUUCAACCUGUGAAAGUGCCUGAACCCUCUGUAGAUGAAACCAUACAGAUUCUAAAAGGACUACGGGAGCGAUAUGAGAUCCAUCACAAGCUUCAUUACACGGAUGAGGCCAUAAUUGCUGCUGCACAGCUAUCACACCAGUACAUUAGUGACCGCUUUCUGCCUGAUAAGGCAAUUGACUUGAUUGAUGAAGCUGGUUCUCGGGUUCGGCUUCGUCAUGCACAGCUUCCUGAAGAAGCUAGAGAACUUGAGAAAGAACUUAGGCAGAUCACAAAAGAGAAGAAUGAAGCUGUUCGGAGCCAGGAUUUUGAAAAGGCUGGUGGUUUACGUGAUCGAGAAAUGGAUCUUAAGGCACAAAUAUCCACCCUUAUAGACAAAGGCAAAGAGAUGAGCAAGGCAGAGGCUGAGGCAGGGGAUGGAGGUCCUGUUGUGACAGAUGUGGACAUUCAGCAUAUCGUCUCUUCUUGGACUGGAAUUCCUGUUGAAAAAGUGUCGACUGAUGAAUCUGACCGUCUUCUCAAAAUGGAAGAGACCCUCCACACACGAGUCAUUGGUCAGGAUGAAGCUGUCAAAGCCAUCAGUCGUGCUAUUCGCCGUGCCCGUGUGGGACUUAAGAAUCCCAACCGGCCAAUUGCAAGCUUCAUCUUUUCAGGUCCCACUGGUGUGGGAAAGUCAGAACUUGCAAAAGCCCUAGCUGCUUACUACUUUGGUUCUGAAGAAGCCAUGAUCCGACUAGAUAUGAGUGAGUUCAUGGAGAGGCACACAGUCUCGAAGCUCAUUGGUUCACCACCUGGGUAUGUUGGUUACACUGAGGGUGGUCAGCUUACUGAGGCUGUUCGGCGUCGUCCUUACACUGUUGUACUCUUUGAUGAGAUUGAGAAGGCUCACCCUGACGUCUUCAACAUGAUGCUUCAGAUACUUGAGGAUGGAAGGCUUACGGACAGCAAGGGGAGGACUGUGGACUUCAAGAACACACUUCUGAUAAUGACAUCAAAUGUUGGCAGCAGUGUUAUUGAGAAGGGAGGCCGUCGGAUAGGAUUUGAUCUUGAUUAUGAUGAGAAGGACAGCAGCUACAAUCGAAUUAAGAGCCUUGUGACAGAGGAACUAAAGCAAUAUUUUAGACCAGAGUUCUUGAAUAGAUUGGAUGAGAUGAUUGUUUUCCGGCAGCUCACAAAGCUGGAGGUAAAGGAGAUAGCUGAUAUAAUGCUAAAGGAAGUUUUUGAGAGGCUGAAGGAUAAAGAGAUAGAUCUUCAGGUGACGGAGAGGUUUAGGGAUAGGGUGGUAGAGGAAGGGUACAACCCAAGCUAUGGGGCGAGGCCUCUCAGAAGAGCCAUAAUGAGACUUCUUGAGGACAGCAUGGCUGAGAAGAUGCUUGCGAGUGAAAUAAAAGAGGGGGAUUCAGUUAUUGUGGAUGUUGAUUCUGAUGGGAAUGUUACUGUGCUCAAUGGCAGCCAUGGUGCUCCUCCCGAGUCAUUACCCGAGGCAAUCCCUGUGUGAACUUAAGUCGUCACGGUUUAACCUAUUCCUGAUGUGUUGUUUGUACUUAUCAUUCUGGGUGCCUAAUUGUAGUCUGUUCCGAAAGAGACUACUGGCAGUUGAUGUUAAAGCCAUUGGGAGCAAGUGCCAUACCAUUAACUUCAUUCAUGGUUAAAUUGCAGAUGUAGAAUGUUAGGGUUAGCUUGCAGGUUCUUCACAAUCAAAACGUGUAGUGUCAAAUAAUUUAUAGUUCAGUUGGCUCAAUUCAAUCUUAUUAUUUUUACAUCAA